CAUUAAACACCGCUCGUAAAGUUGACAUCUCCUGAAGAUACUGCCGAGUUUUAUCGCUGGAAUUACUUCGAUCGACAAGAAUGAAUGGCACCCUUAACUACACUGCACUUAAUGUCACGGAGAAAUAUAACGACUCUCAAGGUGCCGCUACUCCCACCCAGCAGAUACACAAUUAUGAAAACAUCAUCGACAACAAAUGGGUCCAGGCCAGUUUCUGCAUCGUUUAUACUAUUAUAUUCGUGCUAGGGCUACUCGGAAACCUACUAGUCUGCUACGUCGUGAUUCGAAACAAAGCCAUGCAGACAGUUACCAACUUGUUUAUAACCAAUCUAGCUCUUUCUGAUAUACUACUUUGCUUAUUUGCCGUCCCCUUCACUCCGCUAUAUUCUUUCCGUGGUUCUUGGAGUUGGGGGUCUUUAUUAUGCCACAUGAUGCCUUCCGCACAAGGUUGCAGUGUAUACAUAUCCACUUUAACUCUUAUGUCUAUAGCUAUCGAUAGGUUUUUCGUAAUCAUAUAUCCGUUCCGACCGCGAAUGAAAAUAGAGACUUGUAUCACAGUUAUUAUUAUGAUAUGGACUUUUUCGGUGACGGUCACUUUGCCGUACGCAAUUUAUAUGACGUAUUACGAUUUGGAAAUCGGUAGAUUCUGUGAAGAAACGUGGCCGUCGGAGAAACUGCGACGCAUAUUCGGUUCGGUGACUUCUGUGCUUCAAUUCGUGUUGCCGUUCACUGUGAUUGCGUUUUGCUAUACAUGCGUGAGUUUCAAAUUGAACGACAGAGCGAAAGCUAAAGCGGCGAGUAAAAAUACUAGAAAGGAAGAGUUCGAUAAAAAUCGGAAACGGCGCACGAAUCAAAUGCUCAUAGCCAUGGUGACGAUAUUCGGCCUGUCGUGGUUGCCUUUGAACGUAACAAAUCUAUAUAACGACUACUACAUCUAUGCUAUUCACUCGCGCUUUUACUUUUUGAUAUUUUUCGUGUGUCACGUGAUAGCUAUGUCUUCGACGUGUUACAAUCCGUUCAUUUACGCGUGGAUGAACGAGAACUUCCGUAAGGAGUUCAAGCAACUGAUACCAUGUAUAGAUACGGCUGGUCAGUUGCGAGGGAACAUACCGUUGCAGCAAUUAGGCGCUUGCCAAUCAGAGAAAACGUUCAAUGGGAACACGGCGACGGACAGUUUUAUGGGUUCGAGCUCGCAAAGGGGUACUUCGUUUAGGCAUAAAAGGAAGCCGAGUGCCGCUGCGGACGUUGAAAAGAGCGGCGUCGAAUUAAACGAGGACCUAUUGAACGUGGACGUGAAACAUUGCCACAUUUCGACCAGUUACAACUUGCGAAGGGAGUCGGUGAAAUUGCGGCUUAUAAAUGAGGAGUCGUUUGAUGGCACUCCGACACAGAGUCAAUUCUAACGGUUGAUUGCCCGGGUGCGCUUCUGGAGACGUUCCCAGGUAUGAGAAGAAUGGAACACGGAGAGUUGUCUAACGAUAUUUUUAGAAUGUUUUUAUGAAGAAUUCUCCAACUCUGAAUACGCUUAUGAUUAUGGAAUUAAAUUUUUGAAUGAAUAACUGUAUCUAAGGGUAAUAUAGUAAGAGUUAAAUUAUUGCAUACAUUGACUUGCGCAGCAGAUGUGCAGUGCGAUAUUUUUAAAACAUAUAUUAACAAAAGUAUAAGUAAUUUUUUUUUAUAAUUAGAUAAGCACUUAUCUCGUUUUCAGCACUGCACUGUAUUAUAGUUGUACGUGUGUGCGUGUGUGUCAAUAUUUGUAAUUAAUGUAAAAGCUAAUAAUUAUUGCUUUGUUUCAUUAUUUAGGUCAAAUACUUGGACACAGAAAGAGCAUUGAUUAAAUUCAAUCAAUGUCAAUUUAUUUCAUCAACAGAUGAUUAGUAUCGAUUGCCGAAACCUUCAGCUAUUGAAGACAAAUCAAAGUCAAAUUAUCUGUGACACUGAGUGUCAUAUUCAUAGACCUUAGAUUUAUAUUCAAUAUAUUCUUUGCUUUUAGAAAUUUCCCUGUAAACAUUAGAGAAUAAACAACUGUGUUUCAUCAUUGCAAUGAAUAAUUAUGAUUGUGCUAUUACUACUUAAUAUGUGUAAACGUAACUGUGGCCGCAUCUCAGUAUAUUUAUUUAUUUAUUUAUAAUACUUUAUUGUACAAAACAGAAAGUAAAGUGUAUACAAAAUAAUGGCACAAUGAUAUUCGAACAAAAGGCGGCCUUAUGCAUAUCUUAUCAGAUCACUAAUAUAUCAUCUUUGAUAAGUUGUCUUUGAUGCACACACCUAGGUUAUAUAGUAUACCUAGAUUUUUGCUUACAUCAAAUCGAUCGAAAAAAAUUAUACGUUUUGUGCGUUUUU